AUUGCUAUCAAACCAUUGCCAUCAUGUCUACACCCGGAGUGGAGUACAUCAACGGUCGCAAAACGUUCAUUCCACUCGAAAACAACCCCGAGAUCUUCACCCCCCUUUGCCAAUCCCUCGCGAUCUCCCCCACCCUCACCUUCCACGACGUCCUCUCAACCACGGACCCCGACCUCCUCGCCCUAAUCCCCCGCCCCAUCAACGCCCUCAUCCUCUGUGUCGAGCCCCCCAUCUACAAAGCCGCCCGCGAAUCGAUCACCCCAACAAUUCCCACCUACACAAGCCACGGUCCCACCGAACCCAUCUUUUGGGCCCGCCAAACAAUCGGCAACGCCUGCGGCCUCAUGGCCCUCCUCCACUGCGUUCUCAACCUCCCUACCAAAGACAACCAACGACCCGGCGGCUACAUUGCCCCAGAGUCUAACCUCGAUACAUUUCUCAACCGCGCAGUCGACCUCCCUCCCGCGGAAAGAGCCCAGCUCCUCUACGACUCGCAGUUCCUGGAGGACGCUCACAUGGCCGCUGCGCAGCGCGGCGUGUCGCAUAUCCCGCCUGCAGAGGAGUACACGGCGCAUUUUGUGGGAUUCGUGCGGACUGGUGAUGGGCACGUUUGGGAGCUGAAUGGGGGGUUGAAUGGGCCUUUUCUACGGGGUGUGUUGCCGAGGGAUGGGGGUGAUCUGUUGAGUGAGGAGGGCUUGCGCUUGACGGUGGGAGACUUUGUUGAUACUGCGAGGGAGGUGAAGGGUGGGAUGAGUGUUGUUGCUAUUGCAGAGGAGUGAACUGUCUCCUUGGUAUGAUGGUCAGGGUCUACUGUAUUGUCUGUUCUGACAUCUAAUGUGGCUAUACAGAUAAUGCACAUCUAUAUC